AUGGAUAAGGGUAAAAUGCACAACAUAAUCGAAGAAAUUGUUCCUGAGGUUGGAGCUCAAAUUGAAGGGUGUGAAUCGUGUGAUAGCUCAAACCCAGAAGGUAUAUUUAUUUGCUCUCAAAUGAUGGAAGAACUUUCUACUUACAUAAAUCUUGCUAAUUUUCCUAUAAAAUCAUGUAAAAGUGAAUAUUUUGAGCAUGUUAUUCAACCCAGCUUUCAAUCUGGUUUUAGAAAGAAACCCUUGAGUUUAUUGAUUAAAAGAGCAAUGAUUGCUGCAUAUAAAAGGGAUAAGAAAUCUCUUAAAGAAUAUUUUUUGAAUUUUGGUGGUAGUGUUGCUGUAACAGCUGAUUUAUGGAGUUCUGAGUGGAGUGAACGCUUUGUAUGUGUUACUUGUCGUUGGAUCGAUGACGACGAUGGGUGUUGGAGUGUGGAAAAUCGGGUUAUUGGGUUUCGAGUUAUUAAGGAUGAUGCUACUUGUAAUGAAAUAUGUUGGGAAAUAUGUAAUGUGUUAGAUGUGUUUAAGUUGUGGACUAAGGUCUUUUGCAUAUCUCUUGGUACUGGUUUAAAUGGUGAUGAAUAUGUUGAGUCUCUUACGAAUAGAAUUAAUCCGAUUGAAAGAGGGAUAAUUUCUAAUGUUAGGAGUUGUGCUUAUGCUGCUAAUUUGUGUGCUCAACGAGGUAUGGAGGAAUUAGGGUGUUUGAUUAAUCCAAUUAGAGAGUUAGUUAGGUGGACUAGGACAUUUCGAGGUUUCAAGGAUGUUUUUAAAACUUCUUGUAAGGCGGUUGGGUUAAAACCGAGAUAUUUCCCUUUGGAUUGGCCAAGGAGAUGGAAUUCGACGUAUGAAAUGUUAUGUCUGAUUUUCCCGUACAAGGAGAUAUUAAGUAACAAUUAUAAAGAUAAUGUCGACCAAAGUUUAGAUUUGCAAUGGGAUGUUAUUAACUCUAUAAUUCAGCUGUUUAAGACGUUUAAUGAUGCAAUUCAGGCCUUCUCAUUGGUUUAUGAUGCUAAUUGUCAUCAAGUUGUAAUUAAAUGUGUAGAAAUUAUUCAUGUAUUUGAAAUGUAUGAGAAUGAUCCGCUUUUGGGUUUGGCUGUUGGGAUCAUGAAGAACAAAUGGUUGGAGUAUAUGUCUGAUAUACCUACAAUAUACUGUAUUGCGCCGAUACUUGAUCCUGAUAUUAAGGUGGAGGGUUUAUCAAAUUUGUUAGACUAUUAUUACAAAACUUUAGGAGUUACUUAUUGUGUGGAAGAGAAAGUUUCUGAGUGUAAAGACAUUUUGAAGCGGCUUUAUACUCAUUAUGCCUCCAUAUACAAGUGCAAAAAUGUAACUACACAACCCAAUUCUCAAUCCCAAAUGAUGUCUUCAGAGGAAGAUAUGGAGAUAGACCAUUCACCAAGAUCAAAAUUGCUUAUGAAAAUUUUGAAGAAGCCAAGGGCUAGCCCAAGUAAGACAGCACAAUUAGAUGAAUAUCUGUUUUUUCGACAAUUUAUCUCUAGAGAUGAAAGCAUCCUACAAUGGUGGAAGAAAAAUGAUGGGGUGUUUUCGAUUUUGUCUAAAGUAGCAAAAGAUAUUUUAUGCAUACCCACAUCAAUGGCUGCACUUGAGUCCACUUUUAGUACAGGUGAAGGUGAAAGGGUUCUUGAUGAGCAGUGGUUGAAGUUUCAGCCAAGAGAAAUUCAAGCUUGUAUCUGCAAACGGGAUUGGGACAUGGCUGAAAACCGUGCACAACAGUUACACCUUCAACAAAUUAACAAUGAUGAUUCGUGGAUGAUGAUGGACACAUCAGAUUCAGAAACAGAGGGGACAUGA